AAUGGCUAAGCGCGUGUCGAGGCAGUUUCCGUCUUAUCCUCAUCCUACCGUCUCACGUCUCUUCAGCUGCUGAAGGCGAUUCAAUUUGUGAUGAGACAGGUUAUAUUGACCUUGUUUGACUUCUUGUUUCGAUACUGGAAACGUUACGUACGUCGCUGCUUGACAGCCGGCAUCUUUGGCCCUUGGAUGAGAUUGUACAUUGAGAUCACGGCCAGGACUUUCCCCUUUGUUCACAAUUCAGUAUCGCUGCAGAAAGGCGUGCCUGCUUUUCGGUGGCCAUAAUGACCAUGGACGCUGCACACAGCGCUCUUUUGACAUCCUUGGUCCUGGUCAAUGGUCAUGUCUCAACUAUUGCAUCAGCCGCAGGUACUUUCGUCCCGGUUGAACACACAUCUCCCCAUCUCCGAGUUUCUUCUCUAUUCCAAUUCAAACGGUACCCGUCGCCAAUCAACAACCAUAAUAACAUGGUACGCGCACUCAUCACAGCCCCCGAGUCUGCAUGGGACGUCAUAAGGUAUGCGUUGAAUACAGCAGAAGACUUUGACAGAAGGCCGCUCGGCACUGGUAAUACCAUUUGGAUUACGAGUUCCAAAAUACUGAAUGUCAUAAAUGCGUGCCGUGAAAAUAAUGAUUGGCGAAGCAAGGAGCUCUUUUCCUUGGAGAUUCCGCGCAUGGGGCUUACCGUUCUCGUGGACAAUGUCUACUCAGCGCUCGCAUGGAUUAUCACUGCGGAUCUUGCUACCUCAAAUAAACACCUCCCUGAAGAAUCGGACCGACUGGAUGCUGAACUUACGUAUAGAUUCGCAAGAAUGUGUGCCCUCGUAAAGAAGGAAUAUUUCAAGUCCGAAGGUCCAGUGAAAGUGCAGAUGUGGAAGUUUCGAGCUCUUGAUGCAUCCGAGUGUACCCGAUUCAUCUGGCCUAUGAACUCAGACUUGCAUUCUGCGUGGUCUAAUCUUAUAUGCGACAGGACGAAGGACUCAAUCUUCCAACAACAUCGCAUUUUAUUUGACGACAUUGGAGAUAUUGGCCAUACGCUCGAGGCUCGCUCAUGGAGACUUACCGACAGUACAGGAUCUUACUGGUCUGUUGCAGACUUCACGGUCUAUGAGUUCACGAUUCCGACAACGCUCACAGAAGGUAUUAUGGAUAAAGUCGCAUUGAUUAACAAUAUGCAUUUUGAGCCUCACGCGAAAAGCCGCGUUACUCUUUCCGAACUACUGACUGGAUUUUCCGAGUACGCUUAGUUGGAAAUAUAUCAUUGCUGAGGUC